ACCAAGAGUUGACAACCACCCGGGCGCCCCAAAGUCAAGAGACUUUAAAGAUGCCUUGAGCAUGUUGGCGGAGGAGGAAGCUGAGGUCUAGUGGCGGAGUUUCUGCGCCUCCCAGCACAUGCCUGAUAAACAUUUAGGAUCUGGAGACUCACUGUGUGUGAGCGGCACCUCGCUGAAAGCCUCACGCACGUUAUUACUUCGUUUGUUCCUUCCAUGACCUCCUGAGUUGGAUGCGAUCAUCAUUCCCAUUUUAUAGAGGGGAGACUGAGGCUCAGAAAGGUGGGGUCCCAGGCCAAGGUUGCACAGGCAGCAAUAGGAACAAGCUGAUUUUAUUUUCGGGGCUAUGGUCAGGCCUUAUUGAGAGCAAUUUACAUAUUCAUGAGGAGUAUCUCACAGCCCUAGGGCAUAGGUGUCCUUAACAUUGGCUUUUUAUGGAUGAGGAAGUCGGUUUUGAGGUUCAGUCGUUCGCCACAUUUUUCGAGCACCUGCUGUGUACCCAGCGUGUGCCAGACUCUGGGGUACCUACCUCUGGUGUCAGGCCUGUGACCCGCCAUACCAGCUGCAUCUCGCAGUUAAAUGCAACAUUGACUCCUGGCGAUGGGCUGAGCACACUCAGCCAAUGGUCACUGAGCUGCUCAGGUGUCAGAUGCUGUCCGGAGCCUGACAUCUAACCUUCCUGCUCGUUAGAACCCAGCUCCCGGCCAGAGCUAUUACCUGUUAAGUUGACUGCUUUGUCCGGUGGUGAGCAGCCCAUCACUGAGAGAAUCCAAGCAAGACUGCCAUGGAGGAGCACUCAUACUCAGACCCAGUAGAGUUCUCAAAGUUUUCCAGAAGGCGGCGAUGCUGUGGGCAGAGAGUGCAGCUGGCGCUGUUGGGGCUGGCGACCGUCCUGCUGUGGGCCGGGCUGCUGGUCCUGCUUCUCUUCUGGCACUGGGACACCGUGCAGAAUCUGAGACAGCUAGAAGUAACCGCUGCUCAGAACGUCUCUCGGGUUUCCAAGGACUUGGAAAGACACAACGGUGACCAGAUGGCCCAGAAAUCCCAGGCUGCCCAGGUAUCACAGAACAUGGAGGAAAUCCGAGCUGAACAGAAGAGAAUGAAAGCUCAGGACUCUGAGCUCUCCCGGAACCUGGACGGACUUCGUUUGGACCUGAGCAACCUCAAGUCCUUGAGCUUGAACGAGAGACACACAGCCCUACGUUCGUUGGAAAGACUCCAGCAGGAGGUGCUGAAGCUAUGGAUAGAGCUACAUGUGUCCAACGCCCGGACCCCAGGGGUGACUCCAGGAGAGACGCUGCCACCCACUCUGCCUAUCAUACCCACCGUGCCGGUCAUGGCGCCAGCCACAACACUCACCACAGUGCCAGCCACGACGCCCACCACGGUGCCAGCCAUGACGCCCACCACGGUGCCAGCCACGGCGCCCACCACGGUGCCAGCCACGACGCCCACCAUGGUGCCAGCCACGACGCCCACCACGGUGCCAGCCACGGCGCCCACCACGGUGCCAGCCACGGCAUCCACCACAGUGCCCGUCAUGGCGACCACCACGGCAUCCGCCACGGUGCCCGUCAUGGCGCCCGCCACAGCAUCCGCCACGGUGCCCACCACAGCUGCCCCUCUGAGCCUCUCCUCCACCCCAGGCUCCACCUGUAACACGUGCCCCGAGAAGUGGGUCAGCUUCCAGAGGAAGUGCUACUACUUCGGUGAGGACCCCAAGAGGUGGAUCCAGGCCCGGUUCGCGUGCAGCAAACUGCAAGGGCAGCUGGUCAGCAUCCACAGCCAAGAGGAGCAGGCCUGUCCUGCUCCACAGGACUUCCUGGCCAGACACGCCAACAGGAAGGGCACCUGGAUUGGCCUUCGGGACCUGGACAGAGAGGGGGAGUUUAUAUGGAUGGACAAGGAACCCCUGAACUAUAGCAACUGGCGGCCAGGGGAACCCAACAACGGGGGCCAGGGCGAGGACUGUGUGAUGAUGCAGGGCUCCGGGCAGUGGAACGAUGCCUUCUGCGGCAGCCGGCUGGACGGCUGGGUGUGCGACCGGCUGGCCACGUGCUGACCGCCCACCCACCCCCAUGGCCCCCCUGGGGUUCACCGGGACGUGCUCCGAGACCCAGACCCUAACAGUCCCCGGCCCACCUGUCCGGUGCACCCCCUGCGUCACUCCCCCACCUCAGACACAGGAACAGCCAGGCCCACGGAGAGGCUCUGAGGACCCUCAACUAUUUGUGGCUAAGGUCCCGGCCCCAUUUUCUCCUGCCCAAACAGAAGAAGGCCUGUUGACCCAUCCCCGGCUCCUGCCAACUCCCCAGAGGGCCUGUCCCUUGCUCCUCAGCUGGCCGUCACCACAUCCCUGUCUUCAAGCGCUCAGAGUACUCGCCUCAGAACUUUCCGGGGAGCAGAGGCGGAUGCCUCGGGCCCCUGUGUGCUUCCCCUGUCGGGCCCCCCCACCGUCUGCUGGAGUCAGGAGUAGACCAUGUCCCCAGCCCACCCCUGGCCACCCCAGAUGUAGCCCCCAUGUCCUAACCCCCCAGGGAGAAGACCCCUGGCUCAGGCAGCCAGGCUCCCCACCCAGCCCACGUCAGUAAAACGGGGUGAGGACGGCCCCUUCCCAGGGGCCUCGCUGGCUCCGGUCUCCCAAUGUGGGAGCUGGGAGUUCCAGAACCAGCGGCUUGAGGCCACCUCGGGGUGUCCAGAGCAACUAAAAUGGCAUUUGCACCUCCCCACUUCCCCGCCCCCCGCACCCCCACUCCUACUUCAUUACAAGAAGCAUUUACUAGACAGGGCUGGAGAUGAAGAUUCCCGUGUCCAAAGCAGCAGAGAACACCCCUAGAAUAUUGCAGGGGGGGCAGGGGAUAGCCUGAGCUUAACCGCCAGCCCGGCCUGCAGGCAGGAGGGCAGGAGCGCACGCACGAGACGCAGGAUGGGCCUGGUGCGCAGAAGGCACUCGGGAGAUGCGGACAGGCCCACAGGUGGCCUGGUCACCCGGUCCAAAGGUGCUGGCCCCACCCUGACGUGGGUUUUGGGAGGUGUACAUGGCACCAGCCCCAGGUCUGGCCAGGUCAGUCCCUGCACCCGAGGCUGAGGAGGGAGGCAGGCCAGGACCCCAGGACACCCUGUGUUACACUCCUCGCCCACUCACCCAACCCCCAACUCCUGGCCUAGAACAGGAAGAACCAGACUGCUCCUGGGAUUCUCGGGCCCCCUAGAGGGGAAUCCAUGAGGAGAGGCCCACGCUGGACCACCUGGGACCUGGGAGUCAAGGGCCAGGCGAAGGGGCUGGGGAGGGCGCUGGGGUGGCCCGUGGGGGGUCCUGGGGCCAGGAAGGGACAGGGGUAGAGCUAGGCCUAGGUUACCUGUUGUCUACCCACUGCUCGCCCGAUUUCUGCCUCCUCCAGACGCCCCCUUGGAACUCCAGGCCAGUGUAUAACUGCCUACCUGAGCUCUCCAAAGGGGACUCCCGGCCCCUCUGCCACUCAGGCCAACGACGGGGUCACACUCGGCACCUGUCACCCUCACUGCUCCUUCCGAAUCCUCAGGGAAAGCCAUGUGCAGAAUCUGCCCACUUCCCACCACCUCCAGCAACCACUUUGGUGGGCCCCCAUCCUAGCUUGCCUCAAUCUCCUUCUUCACUGCUCACACCUUCCAGAAGUUUCCUUCUGGAUCUGAGGGGGGGAAAAAGAAAAGAAAAAAAAAAUCAAAGUCUUACAGGGUGCUUUGCAAUUGCAGAAUCCCUGCAACUUGCCUGGUCUCCCUAGCUUCUCCUCUGCUCUCGCCUUCCCCAACCCCAGCACCUGCACCAGCCUCCUCACUGGCACUUACACAUGGAGGUUCGCUCCUGCCUCAGGGCCUUUGCACAUGUCUCCUGCCCCGCUUACUCCUCAGUGGGGGCUAUCUUGCAUUCCCCCCUCCCUCCCAUUUAAAAUGACACCCCUGACUCCAGAUCGCUUGUAUCUCACCCUACUUUCUUACUACACUCCUCCCCUUCCAAGAAAAUGUGUCACUCACUGAUAGGUGUGUUCUUACUGCCCCCCAACCCCGCCGGCCUCCCACCCCAGGCUUGACUGUGACCUUCAGGAGAGCAGGAGCUUUUGUUUUGUUCUCAGUUGUGACCCCAGCACCUGACCCAUAGUAAGUGUUCAAUAAAUAUCUGUCAAAAAGGUAAAUGUGGGUCCAUGGGCAGAUGAUCUCUUCUCUCAGUACCUACUUCAUGGUCUAUUAAAUGAGGGGAGGUACCAUGCCUGCCUGGUUCACCAAGGGCUGCCGCUGGGUUCCUCUUCCUCCCCCCUCCCUACCCACCCUGUCUCGGCUUCAGUAGACACUGUAUUUGCAGCCUCGAGCAUCCUGUUCGGAGCUGCUGUAAUGGGAAACUUGCCAGAUCUGUUCUUAUGGGUGCCCCACCCCCACUCCUACAGAUCAUUCCACACCUCCCUUGCCCACAAGUCCGUACUCACCCUCAGCAGGGAGAAAGACCCUGAGUCCCCUCCCAGCCUACCAGCUCUCCAGCUUCCCUCCCUAGGGAACAGCCCCUCUCUUCUCCUCCCACCCUCUCUCUUUCUCUCAGGCAUCCUUCACUGUUGGGUCUCUGGGUGGAGCCGGCUGGCCGGUUCCUGCCUCCUGUCCUUUGUUUCUGCGAUCUGCCCCUCGCCCAGCAGGCCCUAGAAGCCACUCUCCAGGGGCUCUGGGGGACACCUCAGGCUACUAAACCCAAGGACUCUGCAGUUCCCCCUGGCUUCCCAGCGCACCCCAGCUCACUCCUCCAAUCCUAUGGGCUUCCCUGCGACUUCCCUCCCUGCAUGGAGGCUUAGACCGCCCUCCUGGACUCCCCAUCUUGGAUCCUGGUCGGCCUCCUAGAAACUGCCCCCUCCCCAAAUUCAGACUGGCGCCCUGAUCACCCCCUCCCCCAGCUUCCUCAGGGGCCCCUCCCCUCGCCCAGCCAACAGCUAUUUCCUGCCCAUGACCGUCACCAGGGCUACAAAUGGUAGCUGCUUGAUAGUUCCAUCCAGGCUGUGAAUGCCCCUGUCCUUUGCUGGGGGUGGAGGCCUACCCCACCCCUCGCUGGAGGAACCGGACCCAUCCCCUGGUCAGACUCGGCACCCGGGCUCUCCCCACCUCAUGCCAACCUCCACAGUGCACCCCCAAAAGCAACUGAGAGCUGCAUCCACCCCACUCCUAAACCCUCAAUGAGGGGACCCAGCCGACAGCCCCGAAGUUCUCUUUCAUGACAGACUUGUUCAAGUCUGCAAGGAGGGGAAGGAAGGAAGGGAA